AAAUGAUGGGAAAUAAUGGUCCUCCUUUGUCGCCAGAAUGGUAAUUUUUUUUCUCCUCUCUCUCAUGAAUAUUAAAUCAAUUUCUCUCUCUUGGAAAAUGAGAGAGCCCAGCUGGGCUUUCCCUAUCCCUUCGUUGUGUGACGAAAUCUCAUUAAAGGGGACUAACAAGAGGUGUUAGACAAACACAACUACUAGCCUACAUUUAUAAAACUCCGAUGCGAUUUUGUACCAACGUGGCUUGACACGCGAAACCCAUCGUCUCCUCUCAUUCUAGGGUUCUUUUUUUUCCAACAUUAUUUUUUUUUUAUUUUUAUCUCGCUCUCUUGUCUAAACACCACGACGUAACACUCUGGUGGAGGAAUGAGGGAGUGGGAUUGAGCGGGAGGUGGAGGAAUGAGGGACUGAACGAGAACAGUGAGUGAGUGAAAUAGAAGACGAGGCUUUAAUCAGUUAGUCGAUAGACAAAUUGGGUUAGUGUAGUCGACCAUGGGCACUGAUAGGUGGGCUGUUGAGGAGACAGAGUCAAGUCGAUGUUGAGUUAUGGCUGGUGGAUGAGAGGUGGUACAAAUAACAAAUUUCAAGUCUCAAUUUGAGAGAUGCGAGACUUUAUUAUUUUAUCUUAAGUUGUUUGAGAUUCUUCUAUGGAUUAAUCAAUUGCUCAAUGACGUUGACACAACGUUGGGAUUAUUUUGUGCAUUCGUAUUUCAUAAGUAAAUUCUGCAGUGCAGUGGUGAAGAAGCAAAUCAAUUGAAAUCAAUUUGAGAAAUAUGGAAGGAUUAUUUUGCUGAUAUUUUGCAAAGCAGUGGAUAGUGUAUAUCAUGAAAUAUCGUAUGAAGGGGCUCUCAUUAAUUUUUUAAAAUCCCAAUUAGUACCUAAAAUCACUCUGGAGUCAUCGAAGAUUUCUUUCAAAUUAUUCUGAUCCUUUCCACGAAUCUCGAGAUAACUGUCUAAUAAUCCAAAAUACUGGAAUUCCUCAGGACAAAUUCACCACUUUGCUCUAGAAUUAAAUGAAUUGUUUAACAUGGAAAAGUAAUCAAGUGAUAGCGUCAAGGACGUUGAGACAAUUGCCGUCUCGAAGUCACCGAGAAUCGUCCGGUAUUGAAAAGUGAAGAACGAUUACUCGGUGGAAAAGGGUUUUUCGGCGAAUUGGAGCAAGGGAUAAAGUGGAGUUGUGGGUGAGGAGGAAAUUGAGCCCAGAUGAACGGGACGUGGAUUGCCCGUCGUUAUCAUCAUCCAUUCUGCCGUGGUGGGGAUCACCCAGUGAGGACCAAGAUCACUUCAAUUUAUCGAUCACGGAAGCCUCAGAUCCAGGCACUUGGAAACACCCUCCACUGAAUGUAUUACCUCCUUGACGCAUUUACAUGGAUUAAGUUGCCUAGACAUAUGGUGAAAUUCUCGUGAUAGAAGCUCCACUCUGUUGCAUCGACUAACCCCGAAGUCGACGACUGGAAAAGCCAAUUGGGGUAUGACGAAAUAUUCGUUGAUGGUAGUCUACUGUCUAUGUGCCCUCAUCGAUAUGGCGUCCCUUCACUUUUCCGAGAAAAUAUGCGAACCGGUACUUUCAACAGAGGUCGAAGGGUGGCAUAUUAAAGUCGAUAGCCUAUCGUCUCGCACGAUUCGACUAUCCGCAACAAAACGCGGAUACCGAUUUUUUCCCAAGAUUGAAAGGGGAUUGGAGGUUGAGGAGUACGGCAGGAAAGAGUCAUCAUUAUCAUUAAGGGACAUUUUACCAUUCAAUCCAAAGGCCUAUGAUAAGCACAGGCCUCCGAAAUUCGCUGGACAACCGACUGUUGUUUACUUCCAUGUCACUGUGCUCAGUAUCGACUCUAUAAACGAAGAAUCAAUGACUUACGUAGCCGACAUAUUCCUGGCUCAAAGCUGGCGUGACUCGAGGCUAAGAUUGCCGGAAAAUAUGUCCGAAGAGUACAGAAUACUCGACGUCGAUUGGCUGCACAACAUAUGGAGGCCGGACUGUUUCUUCAAGAACGCCAAGAAGGUCACCUUUCACGAGAUGUCCAUUCCAAAUCACUAUCUCUGGCUCUAUCACGAUAAGACUUUACUCUAUAUGUCCAAACUCACCCUCGUUUUAUCCUGCGCCAUGAAGUUCGAGUCUUACCCACAUGAUACGCAGAACUGUUCCAUGAUGAUCGAGAGCCUUUCUCACACGACUCAAGACCUCGUCUUCAUCUGGAACAUGACAGACCCCCUCGUGGUGAAUCCCGAGAUCGAGUUACCCCAGCUCGACAUAUCCAAUAACUACACGACAGACUGCACAAUCGAGUACUCAACUGGCAAUUUUACGUGCAUACAAAUUGUCUUCAAUCUCAGACGUAGACUCGGCUAUCAUCUCUUCCACACGUACAUACCAUCAGCCCUAAUCGUCGUCAUGUCGUGGAUUGCAUUUUGGAUAAAACCAGAAGCGAUUCCUGCACGUGUCACCCUCGGUGUUACAUCAUUAUUGACACUUGCCACUCAGAACACACAAUCCCAACAAUCUCUGCCACCAGUAUCGUAUGUCAAAGCAAUCGACGUUUGGAUGUCAUCGUGCAGUGUAUUUGUCUUCCUCUCACUAAUGGAAUUUGCUGUGGUCAAUAAUUACAUGGGUCCAGUAGCAACUAAAGCAAUGAAGGGGUACUCGGACGAGGACAUCAGAGAGUCCAUUGACGAAUUUAAGACACCGAUGAGACCGGAAUCACGAAAUAGAAGUCCAAUGCGACCACUCACUGUGCAAUACGAUACCUGCUGUCAGGGCCGAGCAACGGCAAUCUACAUCGACAAACUCUCAAGAUUCCUCUUUCCCUUUUCCUUCUUUAUUCUCAACAUCGUUUAUUGGAGCACUUUUCUCUAAUAUUUUUCAAGAUCCACUUGUCACUAAAGUGAAAUUAUCAACGUCGACAUUUUAAAUGAAACAUUAUUCUGAUUAUAAGGGAAAUGAGUUUUAAGCAUUUCUGUGCAUUCACCUGUUAAUUUUACGAGUUAUUAAAAAAUAGUCAUUGUGAAUGGAAUAUUAUAAAUUUAUCCUUACCUUGUGCUUGAUGUUUAGUAAAUAGUCAUAUCACUUAUGCAAUUUUUUUAACCAUAGAAUUGAAUUCAGCGUAAAUCUAUUUUGUAGAAAUUAUCGUUAGCUGCAAACGAGAUGUCUGAACUACUUUUUCCACUUUACAUUGGACUGAAGAGCAUUUACGUUAACAAUAAUAUUCGCUAUUCUUAAAAUUUUGCAGGGUUAUAAAGGAGUUCCUUUAAUUAUUUAUUCAUGCUUGGUUUAUGUUUGAAUCUCCUGUGGAUUUCAUUUUUAUCUUCACUUGAAUAAACAAAUGAAUAAAGUAAUGAUUGCUGAGUC